CAACCAAAAGGACUUGAUAAACCACUGAUAACAUAUGGCAAUAAUUUAGCGAAUAUACCACCUAAAAUGAUCAAAGAAACACAAUAUACAUCUACAAUAGCUUUGUGUCGGUGACGGAUUUUAUAGUGCCAACGUCAGCUCCUAAGACGCACAGGAUCCCAAAUUAUCAAAAUGAUUGUCAAUACCGUCAACAUCUGCUACUCUAAAAGCUAGCUGAGCAUCAUGGGAAAUGUGGUCCAGAAACAAUUUAUGGUGUCAAGUCUUCGUAAAGGUGUCACAAUGCUGCGAAGCUGUGCCAAGCUAAUCCGUGGGGGUGUUGCCUUAUGUAACCAUCCUACUAUUCUACAAACGAACAGCCGUGUUCCUCGUCAUUUCUCGAUCUCUCGCCCUCAUAAUGCUAGCGAAUUCAGAGAUUAUGGUUUACCCAAUGCUUCAUGGAGCCAGAAACUACAGGAUUUGUUCAAUAACUUCCAGGAACUGAGUAAAAAAGGCAGUUGGAAGAGGAUCCCUUCUUACAACAGUACUGUUCAUCACAUGGGAGAAGUUCCACCAUCUGAGAAGAGGGAGAGACGUCUGUUUACCAGGAACCUUGACAAGGAUGGAGUUGGCUUUGAGUAUACCAUGUUCUACAACAAGGCUGAGAAAAGGACAGUUUGCCUCUUUCAGUCAGGACCCUAUCUAGAGGGACCCCCGGGGUUUACACAUGGAGGCUGCAUUGCGACGAUCAUUGAUAGCACUGCUGGUGCAGGGGUUUUGUAUAGUUAUGGCCCCGUCAUGACAGCCAAUCUAAAUAUCAACUACCGCAACCCCAUACCCCUGGGACACACUGUGAUAGUGGAUAGUAAAGUGGAGAAAACUGAGGGUCGGAAGGUCUAUGCCACUUGUCAUAUCCGAAGCCACGAUGAUAAAGUCAUUCAUACAGAGGCAACAGCUUUGUUCAUCAAGUUGAACCCAUGAGACAACGAAGUUGGUGGAUCCCCUAACAAACAAGGGGAACUGUUUGAGUAAUUUUGGCUGUGGAUGCAUUAUAGAAAAGAACUAACACCCAGCAGGUUUUACCCCACACGGGGUACAGCAGAAGGUGUGUCAGAGACAGUAUUUUAAUUGGCUGGACAAUAUAGUGAUAUAUUAGUUAAUAGCAGUGCUUAUUCACACUGCAGGUUCCUGGAAUCCUCAGCAUUCUUAUUUUAAGCAGCUCUGUGUUCCCUCUUCAUAACACAUUCAAUAGCAAUGAAAUGUCUGAAAAGCAAGACCCAUUGCAGAUAUUGUCACUCUUCACAGAUGGCACACACCUGCGUUUGACUUGAGCCCUAGAAUAACAAUUUUAUAAUUUACUACCUCAAACAACGUUCUACUGAUCAAUCCUUACCUCCUUCCAAAUUAUGAGAUUGAUUGCUUGAAGCCGGUUUAUUCUCUUAACUGGCUUAGCUUUACGUCUGUAUCUGUCUAGCUAUUCUCAAAAAUCGGAGAUACUUAUUGGUCUAUAUAGUGUGUGCCAGGUCUGUCAUUGUAGUAGCCACCUUGCGUUUUUUGUAAAAAUAUAUAUAUAAAAUUCAUUAAUUGGAAAUCCGCCCCAAUGCUCUACAUCAGGGAUGACCAAACGGUAGGUUACCUGAUGUUGUAGAACUACAAUUCCCAUGAUGCUUUUUGAAUGCUUUAGGAUGACAAAGUAUCAUUGAAGCUGUAGUUUUAAAAUAUCUGGGGACCUACCUUUUGGGCAAUCAUGCUCUUCAUUGAGUCUACAAUGUGCGUACACCUACAGUAUUUAUUUAACAUAAUUCUUACAGUAUUUAUGUCUUCCUUGUGCGGACACAGUAUCUAAACGUUGGAUUAGUGGGGUGUUUUCUUUUAAUUUAUAUCCUGUAUUUUUUUGUUUUAAUUUCUUCCAAAAUCUGUGUUCAUCUUCCCAUAAGCAGACACAUCCUUGCUACACCUUGAAUUUCAUACAGGACAUUACUUCAAUCCCUGUAGUAGCAAGACAAGGGAUUUAAACAAAACCUAAGCAGAUUAUUGUUAACCUGCUAAAGCUCUAGAUUUUGUAAUUUGCAUAAUUUUAGAUUUGCUGGUGUGUGUUGGAGAAAAUCUGGCCAAGUUAAAUGCCUCUCUAAUUUUAUUCAUAUAUAUGUAAUUAUAUUUAAAAGGACACUCUAAGCCUCAUAAACACUUCAGCGUAUUACACUGGUUAUGAUGUAAGGAUUAUUGGCGUGUGGUCCUGAUUUUUGUCAAACAGUUUUACAGCAGUUUGUAGAAGAAAAAAAAAAAAAACAGGACUUCCCAGCGACCAAAGCCUGGCCACUCAACUGCUGCCAAAGGUUUUCUGAAAAAAACAUACAAUGCUCUAUACACAGUAUCAAACAAGUGCAAUUAACGGAACAGAAUAUCAUUACCAUAAUGCAUUUGUUCAGAAUUAUAUGGCAAUGACAGGCUGCAGCCUCUGGGUCAAGGCAACCACAUUGUUGCAACCACAUUGUAUCCUUAAAUUGUCAAUUAUGUCCAAACAUGUACAGAUAACGAAGAAGUGAUCUUACCAGCAGCAGAGGGCCCAGAGCAUCUGGUGCUUUUUAUGUCCAAACACUACAAAAACAAGGACCUAUAAUCAAACACACAUUGCACCAUCCCCACUACAAUAAGAUAUAGUGGUUAUGCUGCUUAGACUGUCCUAGUAAUAUAUAUUGACUGGAAAUUUUGUAAGAUGUUGCCCCUUUUUUGUGGGGGUCGAGUUAUUUAUCUCAAUUAAAUUUUAAUAAUGA